AUGUCCUCUCCCUUCUUGAACCUAGAUGGAACUCCUCUCUGUGAUCCCGUUCUUGGCCACGGCGGAACAGGAGUCGUCGUUCGACGAGGUGACAUCGCCGUCAAGCUGCCAUUGAGGUAUAUUGGUGAUAACGACGAUGAUACCCAAGCGAACUGUCUUGUCAUCAAACAUGAAGAAGAUGUGUAUCGACGGCUACAGGAUUGUGAUGGUGUUGUGCGUUGCUUCGGCUUCCCUGGAUAUUGCAUUCAAAUGGAGUUGAUGGAAAAUGGAGAUCUUGCUACAUAUCUGAAGAGACAACGCCCGGUGCAGUCCCUUCAGCUCUCAUGGUUUCGGCAAAUGGCUCAUACACUUGUUCACAUACACAACCGUUGUGUUAUAGUGGCAGAUAUUGCUACAAAAAAUUUCGUUCUCAACGCCGACCUCUCCAUUAAAUCCUGUGACUUCACUGAGUCCUCUAUUCUGCCCCUUGGUUCUGACAUGGAGCGCGCCGACGACCAUGGUUACUCAAUUUACACGGACAUUGGCCAAUUGGGUGCUGUGAUAUAUGAGGUUAUAACCGGGCAGCAUUGCGAAUUUGAUCUGUUUAGGGAUCAGCCAUCGGGGCCUGCCUGCGCAGCCUGGCCGCGGCGGGAGAUUCUCCCUUCCACCAAGAAUGUUUGGCUUGGUUCAAUCAUUGAAAAGUGUUGGACUAAAGGUGCAUUCCAGAAUGCGACAAGUCUACUGGCUGCACUAGAGUUAGUCUCUCUAGAUUGUCCACCCGAACAUGAAAAGAGGAUACAUGAACAUUUAGGGUUCCAUGUCAACAUGUUUGAGAUACGGCCCCAUCUCUCGCUUCCACAGGAGAGGAUGCUUGACAAAUAUUUAUCACAUGAGAAAUUAAAUCAGACUCAGCAACUGAACUGGGCGCGGGAAGCUGCUGCUGCUGUCUCAUAUGCACAUUCAAAGCAUGUCCUUAUUGGUGGUUUUGCCGCACGAAGUUUCCUAAUUGCAGAUAGGCAAACACUCAAAUUAUGCCACUUUGCAAACUCUCGCAUCGUUCCUAAAUAUCUAAAUAUUGACGAAAUCAAUGAGGACGGUCUAUCAGUCAAGUAUGACAUAGCCUGUUUCGGUUCCCUAAUCUACAACAUUGUUACAGGAAGGAAGUUCGAAGUUCCCAUCUGUCAACUAUCCAAUUCUAGUGUGCAGGGUUGUGGUGAGGAUGCAGCAGUUUCUGAAACUAGGGACUACACAAUUCCACGACAAAUAGAUAAAGGCAUACAUGGAGAGCUUCCUAACACAGUGGGCGUAUUCAUGGGCAAUGUAAUCCGGGACUGUUGGGAUCAGGACGGGUAUCGGAGGAUGGAAGAUGUCUGUAGCGCACUCUCUGAGCUCUCAGACCGCGAUCUCUCGGGUUUAGUCUUAAGAACUAUGGCAGGAAGCAACUCCAUACACUGCUCUUUGCAAUCUAUGUUGACGGUGAAGAGCCGGUUUUGCCCUCAUUUAUUUCAUCUUUGUUUCGUCCCUGUGGUUGCAGUUGUGGCUGUCUCGCUGAUAUUUCUUGUCCUACAUUGA